UGAGUUCACUAUACCGACUCACCUGUUCUCUCUGGCGUAAACAAACGCCACAAGUGUUGUACCUUUAGUUAUGUUUCUUGAAAUAAAGCAAGUGCAGCUUGCUGCUUACGACUAAGUGCUUCAAGCAUUCAAAGAAAGUUGUCUUAGAUACAUUUUUUCAGUGAUUCUACUCGAAAUAUCGAUAUUCCCGUUUGUGAAAUGGCUGGUUUCAGGUUUAUAUAAAAUACAUUGACAUGUGGAAAAUAAUUGCAUUUAUUAUAUUCGGCUUGUGUUUGGUAAAAGCACAAAUUCAUCUGAUCGAUUCAAGAUGCUACUUGGCCGAAGGGGGUUCGGCUGAAAAUUUCCUGGCAAGCGAAGAUGUUGCCGUUGGAUCCGUACUGGGCACCUUGGGUAUCAAUGGAGAUCCAAAAACCGAUAUUUCACUAUCACUGCGAGAGAAAGAUUCUCCGGUUACUAUAGCUCCGUUGUCCAAAAAUAUCAUCCUCAGUAAACCACUAGACAAGGAAGGUGUAGAAGGACCGGCUUCUGUUUAUGUGAAUGUCAUUUGUGAUAGGAGAAUGAGCAACGAUCCGAGUUUCCUCAUUCCGGUCAACAUACGUGUAACGGAUGUCAACGAUAAUUCUCCAACAUGGAUUGGUGCACCAUAUAUCGUCAAUAUAUCGGAAGUGACCAUCAUUGGAACGAGAAUUUUGCAGGGUAUUCGAGCAAUCGAUAUGGAUCAGCCGGGACCAUAUUCUACAAUUGAGUACCAAGUGUUGCCAGGACCUCAUUCUAAAUUCGUAGCUUUCAUUUCGUUUCUGGAAGGAACUCUUGUGCUAAAGCACGAACUAGAUUAUGAAACUCUUAGAAAUUUCACUGUUGUAUUACGCGCUCAAGAUCAAGGCGUUCCGCCAAAAUAUUCUGACACCACGCUGACCGUUCUCGUGUUGGAUGCAGAUGAUCAAAAUCCAAAAUUCUUUCAGGACGUUUACCAUGGUUCAUUCGUAUUAAAUAUAGUACCUGCAAUAGUUAAGUUUCUCCCAGAAUCCAUCAAGGCUAUCGAUCAGGAUUCUGGAUUGAACGCUUCUUUGACAUACUCCAUCGUUCCAUCUGAGCAUUCUUCAUUUUUUAUGAUAGAUUCUAAGACUGCAUUGUUAAAAGCAACAAAGCAAUUAAACGUUUCAAAUCCAGUAACUUUGGUAGUCAAAGCUACCCAGUCGGAUAAUCUCGACCGUUAUGCACUAAGUACAGUAAUAAUAUCUCCAUUACAUUCUACUGCAAUGAGUACUGUUGAUAAGGCAAAUUUCAUACAUCCGACAUAUAGGCUAAAAAUAAAAGAAAAUUAUAACCCAGGUAGCACUAUUUUAAAUCUCAUUAAGGGAAACGUGGCAUGGAAUGUCAACCUUAGAAUUUUAAACGAAUCCGAGCUAUAUUGGUUCUCGAUCAAUAGGAGCGGCGAUAUCAAAUUAAACAGAUGGUUGGACUAUGAAACGCAACCAAUUCAUAAAUUUACUGUAGAGAUGAACGAUGGCAGUAGCAGAGAUCAUGCAGAAGUGAUCGUAGAGGUUCUUGAUGUGAACGACUGGGAACCACGAUUUAGAAAACCUCAUUAUUCGUUUAGGAUCAAAAACCUUCAUAAUAUAUCAACUCCUUUUGCGUUGGGGAAAGUCGAGGCUGCAGAUGGAGAUGUUAGGGAUAAAAUUAGUUACUCUGUUCGAGGCGAACAUGCCAAUUUAUUUUAUGUAGACUCUGCAGGAACAGUAUGGUUAAAGUAUGAUGUACCUGACAAAAUGAAUUUCAAACUCAAUGUAAUUGCCACGGACACAGGAUUUCCACCAAAAUCAACCAGUGUGCCCCUUUCAGUAGAUUUCGAGAAUAUGAAUGAAUCAUCUAUAAAGUGGACAACCACCACUAUAAGCUCCUUGACAGGCGUAACUGUAUUAUGUGUGCUAGCAUGUCUAGCAGUGCUCAUGUACUUCUGUAGAAAUUCGGUUAAUAGAACAGAUAGAAAUGUUCCGAUGUUGAUUAGUAGAAGUAAGGCAUCCAACAAAAAUACGAAUAUUGGAAUUAUGACGGCAAACACCCGCGAUUCGAACAGCUCUAUAAGUGCAAGCGCUUCAACGAUCAUCGCAGCCAGUCUCGAGAGGGAUCAUGAUUCAUACUCAACUACAAUAAGAGACAUAGUCAGCAGAACUCAACAUCCCAAUAAGACUGUUAUUCGAAACAGCGACAUAGAACAGGAUUCGUUGACGAAUUCUGAAAAUGGAUUUCAUUGCUCGUUCCCCAACACGCAGGCUUGCACAAACUGGCACCAGAGGAGCUCCAUGCUCGGUGAAAAGGCAACCAAUGACAACGAUUCUAGUGGUGAAAACAAGUUAACAGUAUAUUUUUGAGAAUAUUUUAAAAUAAAAUUCACCUCAUUGAACAAA